AUGGUUCCAGAAGCCAUGCAGAGGGUCCUGGAAGGGCUGGGGCUGGCAGGAGCUCCUUCAGGCAGCAAGCAGGAAGUUAGCCCUGGAGAAUGGCUCUUCACCCAUCCACACUGUUUCUUUCUUUACCCAAAGAAACUCGAGCAGGCUUCCCCUUGCCUACAAAAGUUUCUCUACUUUAACCUGUCUUCCAUCAAAGGAAAGGACCAGUUAACAAUGGCCCUGCUGGGCCUGGACCUGGGGCCCAGUUCUUACUAUAACCUGGGGCCAGACCUGGAAUUGUUCCUGUCCCUGAUUCAGGAGCCUCAUGGGCGGGGCCAGUCCAUCCCCAAGCCAGGCAAAAUGUUUGCAUUGCAAUCGGUGCCAUGGCCGCAAGGUGUCCUUCACUUCAACCUGCUGGACGUGGCUAAGAAUUGGCAUAACAAUCCCCGGAAGAACUUGGGGUUAUUCCUGGAGAUUCUGCUCAAAGAAGACAGAGAGUCUGGGGUGCGCUACCCGCUUGAAGACACCUGCGCCAGACUGAGACGUUCCGUUCAUGCUUCCUUGCUGGCAGUGACCCUCGACCCUGAGCAGUGCCACCCUUCUUCCCGGAAGAGGAGGGCAACCAUCCCUGCCCCCAAGGCUGCAUGCAAGAGCCUCUGCCACCGUCACCAGCUGUUCAUUAACUUCCGGGACCUGGGUUGGCACAAGUGGAUCAUUGCCCCCAAGGGAUUUAUGGCAAAUUACUGCCACGGAGAUUGUCCUUUCUCACUGACCAUCUCGCUCAACAGCUCCAACUACGCUUUCAUGCAAGCCCUGAUGCAUGCCGCGGACCCAGAGGUCCCCCAGGCCAGCUGCGUCCCCACCAAGCUGUCGCCCAUCUCCAUGCUCUACCAGGACAAUAAUGACAAUGUCAUCCUCCGACACUAUGAAGACAUGGUAGUCAACGAAUGUGGAUGUGGGUAGGCCGUCAGAAAUCGGAGUGGAAAGUGUUCUU